AUGGAUCACUUCUUCGAUAAAAGUACCCUCCGUCUGAACUUUGUCCACUCUCUGUUUCCUCCAGGUCGAGUGGGAGACCGGCCUACUCGAAACCAACAGAGGCUGCUCACCGCAGAGGGGGACGAAGUCAAAAGCAUGAGUUCAUGCAGCACAGAUGUUAAGGAAAAUCGGAACUUGGACAACCUCUUCUCCAAAGAGGGGGUCGCAGCUGAGGCUGCUCAACUCCCCAAUGGGAGUGCUGGGGGUGGGAGGAAACGUCCCUUAGAGGAGGGCAAUAACGGGCAUGCACAUUCCAAGUACAAGCCCAAGAAGCGUAAGAAAGUCCCCAGGCCCAUUCUGCCCAAGAAUGCCCUAAUGCAGCUGAAUGAGAUCAAGCCAGGACUGCAGUACAAAUUGCUCUCUCAGACCGGGCCAGUCCAUGCCCCUGUCUUUGUGAUGACUGUGGAGGUCAAUGGGCAGCUCUUCGAAGGUUCAGGUCCUACCAAGAAGAAGGCCAAGCUGAACGCAGCAGAGAAGGCCCUGCGCUCCUUCGUCCAGUUCCCCAAUGCGUCUGAAGCCCAUAUGGCCAUGGGCCGGACUCUGUCCGUCCACACGGACUUCACCUCGGACCAGGCCGACUUUCCGGACAUGCUUUUUAAUGCCUUUGAGACAUCUCCUCAUGUAGAUGACCCCUUUUACCUCGCAUCCAACAGCAAUGGUUCCUUCAGCUCAUUGGGAAUAGAGUACCCAUUGCUACCCUCCCCUAUCCCAAACUUGGUCCAGGCCCCCUUACCUCCAGCCCCUUCCGCCUUCCUCCCCCCUACAAGUGGCAAGAAUCCUGUCAUGAUCCUCAACGAGAUGCGGCCAGGCCUCAAGUAUGACUUUGUGUCAGAGAGCGGGGAGAGCCAUGCCAAGAACUUUGUCAUGUCAGUGACGGUAGAUGCUCAGAAUUUCCAGGGUUCUGGGCGAAACAAGAAGCUGGCCAAGGCCCGAGCGGCUCAGGCUGCUCUGUCCGCUCUGUUUAACAUGCAGCUGGACCAGGCUCCAUCCAGAAAACCUAUACCCAGAGAGGGACUGCAGCUUCACCUGCCACAGGUCCUGGCAGACGCCGUCUCUCGCCUGGUGGUCGACAAGUUCAGCGAGCUGACGGACAACUUCGCGUCUCCGCACGCCAGACGGAAAGUGUUGGCGGGGGUCGUCAUGACAACAGGGACUGAUGUGAAGGAGGCGCAGGUCAUCUGUGUGUCCACAGGGACAAAGUGCAUCAACGGGGAGUACAUGAGCGACAGAGGUUUGGCCCUCAACGACUGCCACGCUGAGAUUGUGGCCCGACGCUCGCUCAUCAGGUUCCUGUAUUCGCAGCUGGAGCACUUCCUCAG